AUUCGGUGUAAGCAGUGUAAGGGAUCUGGCGCGGCAAAACCUCGCUGGCGCGUACCAAGAACACAGCUUCUUUGGCUGUGAGACUUCCAGCUGACCAACAUGUUUUGAAUCACUACAGCCACAGGGCAUUGUAUACCCGCGAAAAACCCUUGCGCUUCACUUCGAUCAACACAUCAUUUGAGAAACCUAGCUCUCCCGACAACAUGGUAUCCAACGGCGAUAGCAGCGGCAAAGUCGCUGCCGACUUCGAAAGGAUCAUCCAAGAAGCUCGCGAUCGGAAGAAGAAUGAAGCCCUUGCGGCCAAGAUCUUUGGCAAAAAUCAACGCGCAAGCACCCCCGUCUCCAAGCCUGCGCCUGCCGCCGCUGGCAGCCUCGCCAGUCGCGCCGGCGUGAAGAAGCGACCCGUGCCUGACAAGGGCGCUCGCCACAACACAGGUGACAUCGACGGCGAAUGGACCCACGAUCUGCACGACACACAAUCGCGAGGUGCCAGGACGAGCGGUAGCGGAGCCGGUUCCCUCGCCGCGCGCAUCACCGACGCGAAUGCACCACCUACGGGGCCCGCCUCCCAAAGGCGGAAGCCGAGGCAACGACGUGCGGCACAGGUAGCAGAGGCCCUGAUAAGGUCAGAGUUGCGAUCAGAGCGUCAAGGGCACCCUCAGCAGCCGCAGCCGCAACAGCAGACCUCUUUCACCAAUGCCGCGAUCCCGACGGCGCCGAAGGCGAUGACGACGGCAGCGGCAUUUAACAGGGGCAUCACGAUCAGGGGUCUGGCCGGCCCCUUCGUGGUGAUGGCACAGAACUUUGCGCCCGGCACCACGGCCGCCGAUAUCGAGAGUGCCAUGACCCCCGUGGGCGGUAUCAUCACCAGCUGCCGCAUAGUCAAAACACACCCGAUCGUGAUCGCUGAGAUAGUCUUUGAGAGCAAGGAGGGCGCCGACAAUGUCAUUGCCACUUUCAACAACCAAACAGCCGACGGCCGUGUCCUAAGCGUCUAUCCCAAGGUCGGCAACACGCCAGCCGCCAAGCUACCCGCCCAGCCCACCUCUGAUAACGACAUGGUCGUGGAUGGGUCGUAUGGCUUUGACGACCCGAUGGACACGGACCCCGCCGCGGGGAGGCUACCGCCGACCGGGCCAGCGGCGGGGGUUAGUAGCAGCGGUCUCUACAGCGAUAGUCUGGUCAAGAGGAACCGCUGGGGACGGGGCUUCAGUCGAGGAGCUAGGGGUUUCGGCGGGAGGUGAACAAAGUCCUUUUCGCAGGCUGCUUCGUCUUCAGAGAGACCCUGGACACCAUCAACCUUCUGUCAUGAAUUAUUGCUCCAUAGAAUCCAGUGCAUGUCUGUGGGACACUUUCCUUCUGGUUCUGGGGGCGUAAAGGGCACCGUCAUUUCGUCGGUUAUUGAGCAGGGUGUAUGUUGGCGUUUCAGGAUUCAUGGUAACCUGGGCGAAAUAAAUCAGGCCGGGACAGGAACAUCAACCAACCUGACUCCUCCACUUUAGAAAGCUCUAGCAACUUGCCCAACGGGAUAGUCAGUCCUAAUGCUCGAGAGAAAUCCAUGUUCUUAUGACCUCGUU